UGCAUCUAUCCUGGAAAGGUCUUCCUAGACGAGUCUAAGGUCUGAUCACGACUCGGAAAUCCUAGUUCACGUCCUUUCAAAAGACGGAGCCAGUCACUCACCAGUUGGCUCCCCUGCUUUGAGGGAUCAAAGUGCCCAAAAGUCACCAUCAAGUGGCCAAGAUGGAGGGCUGGUCGAUGCAGAUCAACCCCUCGGAGCCCUUCGCCCCCGGAGACUUGGAGGGCGGCAGUAUUCCUGGUCCAGAUGUUCAACGAUGGCUGGGCCACGAGCGUCCUUUCCACAGCAACCUGACACCUCUUGGGUUCAAUCCGCCAGAGCCUGUCUACUCCCUCAGCUUCGGCCCGAAUACCUCGGACUGGCAUCACAAUGGUAUGCCAUCAGACUGUGAUACAGACCCCGUGGACUCCGGCUAUGGCAGUGUUAUGCAAUCAUCCUCGGAGCCAAUGGAGCAUGCGACGCCGCACCGCAGCCCAUACCUCAACCUUUCCAACGAGGUGGGAGAUCAGCUGGCGGGAUUCCUUCUGGGCGGAUCGGAACGCCAUCUGAUGCAGAACCAAAACCGCCAAGUUGGCCAGUCUCAGUGCCCAUACCCUCCACUCCCACAGCAGUACCAGCAGUACCAGCACCGAGACCAGUUCCAGUAUCAGCAGCAGCCUCACCAGCAAUCCCAAUAUCAGCACCGAAUCCAACAGCGGCAGCAGAUACAACACCACCAACCGCAUGAGCCGGAAAAGCAGGAUCGGACUUUUAGUUCCAUGGGUGACACCGAAUUCUGGUGUCAUUCGUGCAAUAAAGCAGUCAAGACCAAGUCGGAACUGAAGAAGCAUGAGGAUCGCCACAGACUACCACACAAAUGCGUGGUGCCCGGCUGCAAAAGAGGAGACAAGGGAUUUGCGUCUGUCAAUGACCUAAACCGCCACCUCAUGACUGUCCACCGCCGGCAUGACUUGGGAAAAACGUAUCGGUGCAACAUUGAUCAGUGCUCAAAGAAGGAAAAACCCUGGAACCGGUCUGACAAUUUCCGACAACACCUGUUGCGCAUACACGGCUUGGAAUUAAAGCCUGGUCAAGGUUUAUCAAGUUUCUUGUACCAGAGCCCAGAUACAUCCACUCCCCACACCGUUCAAAUAGAGAGGGAGCAUUGGGUGCAUGAUCCAGAAUCGGUCGAUGGGCCCAGAGACGACGCCCUGGCAAGAUCCCAUGCAGAGGCACAAUUCACUGAUCCCUCGACGAGUAUCCUAACCGCCGAAUCCUCGAACCCUGAGCCGUCCAUGGCUGGCCAAGCUUUCGACUCACUCGCGGGACAGUGGGAAAACGAGCCAACCCCCUACUUUGAGUUUGACACGCACGAACCGCAAGUCUCCCCAGAAGGGCAGCAGCUGAGCCAAGACAUAGACGAUUCCUUGGAUAGCGAUGAACGGAGUGACGAACAAAAGAUCGAGAUGCUAAGCAGAUGGCCGAAGAGUAUGCUUCGCAAAGCCCUCGCUUCUGCCUCCGCUGAUGACACAGGGAGAGGUCCCCUGUCCGGGGCCCAUGGCGUCAAGCCCAAAUGCGAUGAAUGCCACAAGGAGUUCAACAGACCUUGCGAGCUGAAGAAACACAUGAAGCGUCACGAUCGGCCUUAUGCCUGUACCGUUUGUUUCAAGCGGUUCGGGAGCAAGAACGACUGGAAGCGACACGAGGGCACCCAGCAUGAGAUCAAGGAGCUUUGGCACUGCGACCUUGGCUGCCACAAAGGCUUCACCCACCGCGAAGCGCUCGAGACCCAUCUGCACGCCACGCACAAAGACUUGGAAGAGGCGUCCGUCGAGGCGAAACUGGCCAACAACCGCACCGGACUGCACGGCAAGCCGGCGUUCUGGUGCGGCUUCUGUGGAAAGUUGUUGACGGUCGCGCCGGGAAAGAAGUCGGACGUGGAGCGGGCCGAUCACAUUGAUAAUCAUUUCAUGGGACGGGACAGCUACGAGCUGGGUAUCAUUGAAGAAUGGGAGCAGAUGGAGGAUUGCUACGACUACGUUCCUGAUGUUGGGUUCAAGCGGAAGAGGAACGGCGUGGAUGCGCCAGAGAGCUCGAGGCCGGCGAAGCAGCCUAACAGCAACAGGCGUUCAUGAUGACACGAAUAACGAGAAUACUUAUGAUGAUGCAAAAUCACCUUGGGCGAGGCGUUUGUGCUUUUCCACGUGGAGAAAGCAGCCACACCUACACA